CUACAGUACAGUAAGCUGUCAAAAGCUUGUUGCUUAAAUCGGUGCAGUGCAUAAAAGUGACGAUGAGGAAGUAAGGCUACAUACAAUAUUUUCUAGUUUUAUGUUAAUAGAGGUAUUUGCACACGUCUGGAGUCACUCGUCUGGGCUGACGUAAACUUCCCUGGAUGAUUCGUGAUUUCCUCUGCAGCCGUAUAUCCGUGAUGAUGAGACUGGGUGGGACUUCCCAGAGGCCGGCACCAGGCAGGAAGGGGGUGGCUGGAAAUGUUCAGCCAGUUGCACAGCCGUGUUGUUUUUAGAAGAAACUUUGAUGACCAGAUCCCAGGAGAGAUAGUAGAGUAAUAGUUACUAAAUACUUACUACGUCUAUGGUUAAAAUCUAGUUUAAACUUACAAAUAUAGAAUCGCAAGUGAUUGUUUUGUUCCAGAAGUUUUUUAGAUCAACACAAAGUAAGAGAGAUCAUCAAGUGCCUUGGAAAAGAGGAUAACCCUGACUUGAAACGACAACUUCCCAACCUACAAACCCAAGUGUAUAUUAAAACCAAAGGUUUACACCAAAAUUGGAUUUACGUUUUCCUCCUUAAAUCACUACAAGUAUGGACCAUAUUUCUUGUGGAUUAUUAACCUAAAAGGUUGUUUGGCAACUGUUUUCUCUGCCAAUGGAAGACUCAUCAAGUCAUUUCAAAGUAGACCUCUGUGCAUAAGCAGAUUUUGGUCUCAAAGGACAUAGUAAAGCGCUUUAUCUGUUAAUUACCUGUUGAUUUAAUACACUAAAUUCAAAGCAUCUGAAUAUGGCAUUGAGCAUUUCUUCAAUAAGAGACACAAAAUGGCUGACUCUGGAAGUGUGUCGGCAGUUUCAGCGCGGAAAUUGUUCACGUAGUGAUGAGGAAUGCAAAUUUGCUCACCCACCAAAGAGCUGCCAGGUCGAGAAUGGGAGAGUAAUUGCCUGCUUUGACUCACUUAAGGGUCGUUGUUCUCGAGAAAACUGCAAGUACCUUCAUCCUCCUUCUCACCUCAAGACUCAGCUGGAGAUCAACGGGCGCAACAACCUAAUCCAGCAGAAGACUGCAGCAGCCAUGCUCACACAUCAGAUGCAGCUCAUGAUCCCCAGCUCUGGUCUGCAGCCACUGGGACUGGCCUCAAAUGCAGGUCUUGGAUAUGGCACUUACAUGAGUCCCCUGGCCCACAGCAUGAAUCUGCUUCCUACAGAGAUGCUUCCAAGCACUUCCGUUGUUAUUCCAGGGAGUUCACCUGUGACAGUGUCCAACUCCUCUUCCUCCUCCUCUUCCCCCUCACAGAAGCUGCAGCGCACUGACAAACUAGAGGUGUGCCGUGAGUUCCAACGAGGGAAUUGUGCAAGAGGAGAGACAGAUUGCCGAUUUGCUCACCCCAGCGACAGUCCAGUGAUUGACACCAAUGAUAACACAGUAACUGUUUGCAUGGACUACGUCAAGAGCCGCUGCUCCAGAGAGAAGUGCAAAUAUUUUCACCCGCCCGCACACUUGCUUGCUAAAAUCAAGUCCAACCAACAAGUCACUCAAACCGCUAUUGCAGCACAGACUGCUGCUGCAGCUAUGACUCAGUCGACUGCCAAAGCGCUGAAGCGACCCCUCGAAGCAACAUUAGACCUGGGGUUUCCUAACAGCACCCUGCAGCCCAUAACAAAGAGACAAGCUCUGGAAAAGAGCAGUUGGGCCAGCUCCCUCUUCAAUCCCAGUUUUUUGCAUUACCAACAGGCGCUGACCAAUGCACAACUGCAGCAGCCCUCAGCUGCUUUCUAUCCCACAGGUUCAGUCUUGUGCAUGUCUCCAGCCACAAACAUGGUCCCCAUGAUGUACAGUACUGCGCCUGCUACUGUCUCUGCAGCAACAACUCCCGCAACCAGUGUCCCAUACGCAGCAACAGCACCCGCCAAUCAGAUCAUCCUCAAGUAAUCCCCAGAAAUGGAUAUGAGUGCCAUGUUGCAUCAAUGGAACUUCCCAAACAGCAGCUUUGUAAAUACAGCAUAAUUUCCACACACAGUCAACAGCAAGCAGCAUGACACUUUAUCUUCAAUAUUAUCUUAUGUUAGUUUAGGUUAAUAUGAAUAUGGUAAAGAAACCAAACCCCAUAAACAACAAUAUCAUAAAGAUGUCUAUCAAGCUAUUAGAAGUAACAUUUAAGUCAAACCAAGAUAAGCUUAAAACCAAUAGAUUCAGAUAGAGCAAACAAAUGUGUUGUUGAAUGUAAGUUGUAAAGAAACAUUUAUAGGUUAAGUGUCUAUAACAUUUUCAUAAAGUUGAUUCAUUAGUUUUAACCAAGCACUUCUUUUAACUAAACUCCAGCGCUUGAGUAUAGUUUGUCUGAACACCAAGUCCUUAAAAUUUUAGUAAAAAGGAACAGAGCUCCCUCUUUUGGUGUGCCUUUGUACUGCAGAUACAGAGAAAAAUAGAUAUUUUAGUUGCUGCAAGUCAGCAAUAGUCGAUACAUUGGGUGUGUGUGUAAGUGUGUGUGCGCGCACAGAAUAUUCACAUCGUUAUCAGACACAAGCAAUGUGAUUGUAAAGGAGUGUGGUGUUACUGCUGGUGUUGAAGUCUUAUAGUGGAAAAAGCACUGGCCAGCUGUAUAUUGUCUGAAUAGUACAAGUGCCUAAGAACUGUGCAUAUGUGGCAUACUAUUAAUCCAACUGUACUUUAAGGAGAUGUGAUUUGCAGUGCCAUGUCAUUGCAUCAAUACUUGUGAAUAGAGAUAGUUCACUGUUUGUUUUUUAGUCAAUUUUAUUAUUGGAGGUUUUUAUUUAUGUAUGUUCUGUAAAAUGUUCAGCAUACAGUCAUCCCUUUUUCUUAGUCAAAGUAAAUUUUAUAACCAUUGAAAACUGGAUAUACUUAUACUUUGUCAUUGAUAUAAUGGACAUUUUUUUUAUGUUGACAUGUUCAUUAGGAGUCAGACAUGUUUUUAGAUUAAACUCAGUUGAUAAAAUGUAUAAUAUAGGUUACACAGUUUUAUUAAAUAUACUAAUAGAAAAUAUGUACAGUAACCGAGACAAUCUGCAGAGAGUUGUGCUUGUUCAAGUUUAAUCUUGAUGUAACACUUGACUACCUUGCCUACAUGAACUUUCAACACUUUACAAAUUAAAUACUAUAUGUUGAAUGUAAUUUAUUAAGGUUAGGUCUACUUAAAGAGCCUCAGAGGUUCAAGUGACGUGUUCUUUUAUUGAAAAAGCUUUCUUUGCCAUGUGCAGUGACUUAAUGACAGAUGAUUGAAAAAAAUGGGUGUUACUGCCUUGACAGAGUCAAUUGUAUUAGUGUAUUUUUUUUGUUGAUCACUUAAAGUAAGCAGAUAGGCUAGAUAAUUCACUUUGCCCAUGUUCAAAUACUAGACUUAAAAUGUAAUGUUUGUGGUAUGGGUUGAUUCCCAAAAGGUUUCUUCUCUUGUGCAGUAAAAGGGUGAAAAGGAUUGGCUCGUUUCCCCCAACAAAAUUGUUAUUUCACUUUUAUAAUGUUACGAUCAAAAUAGACUGUUGUAAAUGCAGCGUAACAGAAACUUGAUAUCAAGUGUUUCAUUUUUGAGGUUCUACCAGUUCAUUCCAAAAUCAUUGGAUACUCUUGCACACUAAAGUUACUGGUGAUUUUGAUCAAGAGGGCUAUGAAAGAAUGUUUAGAGUUGCCUGAUUGAUGGAAGCAUUUCUCUUAAGCACUUUCUAAAGAAUGCUUUUGUGGUGUUUGCCUUACAUUUCCCACCUGUUGCUAUUUUCAUUUUUCCUCACUUAUUUGGAAUGUUUAAAAAAAUAAAUUCAUUUCACAAUUAUG